ACGCGUCGGAGCUUCAGCGUCAAAGGGAGGCAGUAGUAGCAGUUAGCAGGCUAACUAGGAAGGGCGGCUUUAAGUGGAAGAAAGAAAAACAAGAAGGUACAGCUGUUUCAGUGGAAAGCUUAGUCUGGUUACUUGUCUGACAGGGAAGAUCGAUAUGCUAUUUGUUAAGCUGAUUUUUAUGUUCUCUUGCCUACGAGAAAUUCCAGGUCAGUUUGAGAAUACUCUGAACAAAUACAUCCGCCAUUAUGAAGGUUUGUCAUAUGACACAGAAGCUCUUCACAACCAUCACCAGAGAGCAAAGAGGGCACUCUCUCCACAAGACAGAACCGUGCACCUCAACUUCCAUGCUCAUGGACGGCAUUUCAAUUUGAGGAUGAAGAGGGAUACAACCCUGUUUUCUCCCGAUCUCAUCAUUGAGGUUUCAGGAGAAGAUGCACCGGUUGAUACAUCUCACAUUUACAGUGGUGAAAUCUUUGGUGAAAAGGGCACCCUGACCCAUGGCUCUGUGAUCGACGGGCGCUUUGAGGGUUUCAUCAAAACUCAUCAUGGAACAUAUUAUGUUGAACCCUCUGAGAGAUACCUAAAGGGCAAGGAGGUGCCCUUCCACUCAGUUAUCUAUCACGAGGAUGACAUUAAUUAUCCUCAUAAGUAUGGGUCCAAGGGUGGCUGUGCUGACCACUCAGUAUUUGAAAGGAUGAAGAAGUACCAGGCAUCUGCAAUAGAGCCAAGCAAGGGUGUGAACAGUGUUUUGGAGGAGGAAUCCUCCUAUGGUCCUGUAAUUCUAAGGAAAAAGAGGGCAACAGGGAAAGAGAAGAACACAUGCCAGCUCUUCAUCCAGACUGACCACCUCUUCUUCAGAUACUACGGUACAAAAGAGGCUGUCAUUGCCCAGAUUUCCAGCCAUGUAAAGGCCAUUGACUCAAUUUACCAGGCAACAGACUUCAUGGGAAUCCGAAAUAUCAGCUUCAUGGUUAAGAGGAUCAAGAUAAACACAACUGAUGAUGAAAAGAAAAGUAACAAUCCAUUUCGCUUUGCCAACAUUGGUGUGGAGAAGUUUUUGGAACUGAACUCUGAGCAGAACCACGAUGGCUACUGCCUGGCCUAUGUCUUCACAGACAGGGACUUUGAUGAUGGGGUGCUGGGAUUGGCUUGGGUCGGAGCUCCCUCAGGGAGCUCAGGGGGUAUCUGUGAGAAGAGCAAGUUGUACUCUGAUGGAAAGAAAAAGUCUCUGAACACUGGUAUUAUUACUGUGCAGAACUAUGCAUCCCAUGUCCCUCCCAAGGUUUCACACAUCACCUUUGCGCAUGAAGUUGGACACAACUUUGGCUCUCCUCAUGACUCUGGCAUUGAAUGCACACCAGGGGAGUCGAAGAUGCAAGACAAAAAGGAACAGGGCAACUACAUCAUGUAUGCCAGAGCCACAUCUGGGGACAAGCUCAACAAUAACAAGUUCUCUCUCUGCAGCAUUCGCAAUAUAAGCCAGGUUCUGGAGAAGAAAAGGGUCUUCUGUUUUGUUGAGUCUGGUCAUCCUAUCUGUGGUAAUGGAUUAGUGGAGAAGGGAGAAGAGUGUGACUGUGGCUACAGCGAUCAGUGUACCGACAUCUGCUGCUAUAACGCCAAUGAGGCAGAAGACAAAAAGUGCAAACUGCAGCCUGGCAAAAUCUGCAGUCCCAGUCAGGGCCCGUGUUGUACAGCAGAGUGCACUUACAAAGGUCCAAAUGAGAUGUGCAGGGAGGAGUCACAGUGCGCUCUUCAUGGCAUGUGCAACGGAGCUACAGCUGUGUGUCCUGCCUCAGAACCAAAGGCCAACUUCACCUCCUGCCAUAAAGAUACACAAGUCUGCCUCAAUGGGGUCUGCUCUGGUUCCAUUUGCGAUAAGUAUGGUCUGGAGGUAUGCACGUGUGCCAGCCAAGAUGGCAAGGAUGAGGCAUCUGAGCUGUGCCAUGUCUGCUGCAUGGAGAAAACAAACCCCAGCGCCUGCAGCAGCACAGGUUCAGAGAAAUGGAGUCGUUUCUUCAACAAGAAUAUCACAACACUGCAGCCCGGCUCACCUUGCAAUGACUUUAAGGGCUACUGUGACGUGUUUAAUAGGUGCCGUCUGGUGGAUGCUGACGGGCCACUGGCAAGGUUAAAGAAGGCCAUCUUCAAUGCAGUACUCUAUGAGAACAUUGCAGAGUGGAUAGUGGUUUACUGGUGGGCGGUGUUGUUGAUGGGCAUUGCUCUAAUUAUGUUGAUGGCAGGCUUCAUCAAGAUUUGCAGUGUACACACUCCAAGCAGCAACCCCAAACUGCCUCCACCAAAGCGGCUGCCAGAUACUCUGAGGAGGCGAAGACCCCAACAUGCAAACCCACAGGGCCAGCGCCACCCCCGUCAGCACAGAGAAAACUAUCAGAUGGGCCAGAUGAGGCGCUGAGAUGCUGGUCUGCUCUUUGCCUUGGUUCUUUCUUGUGCCUACAGCUGGAGCACUUCUCUCCAAAGAGUCAGACCUGUCAACUGAACUGAUUUCACUGGACAAAGCCUGACAUUUCCUGGGCCUAACAAACUCACUCAGCACCUCUGAGAGCUACAUCUACAGUGGUUCACACAGCUUUUACAAGAAAUACCUUCUCAUAGGAGGAACUGGAGACAAAUUUUCCAGAUAUUCAUUAUGUAGUUUGUCUUCGUGCUUUUUUUUAAGUCAGGAUGGAAGAAAGAAUGAAGCAUCACAGCGUUGGCUCUGCCUUUGUCCUUCAUUUGUGCCAGCUGUUUUUUUGUUUUUCUUUUUCCCCCUUGUUCUUCCUCCUUGAUGCUGCAGUCAACAGCACAACAUCACGUGAGAUUUUGCUGCCAAUCAAACAGCAUUGAGACCUUGUAUCGGAAGACAUCUUCUUUUGCCAAUGUAAUGACAUUGUUUUAAGUCAAAAAAGCUUUUAUUUCUUAAGGAUAUGUGCUCUUUCAGUGUGCAGUUGUAUAUAUGUUGCAGUAUUUUUUUUAAAAUCUCUCGCUCUCGCUCUCUCUCACUAAGUGAAUUUUUUUUUGUCUGUGUGCUGAUUUACUUUUUAAAUUCACUUUCUCAGGAUUAAUACAUAGAACAGCUGUAUUGGGUGUUGCUGAAAUGAUGUUUGCAUGUUUACUCUAGUGGGGAAGUCCUGCUUUGCUGAUGCUUGUGUAAUUUCAAGUUAGCUGCCGUGAUUGUAGAGGAGGGGUUGUAUGGGAGGAAUGUAGCAGCUACAGUGCAUCAAAAAUGAGCUAUAGCAUUGUUCGCUCAGAGGGUGCUGGAGCUGAGAUUAUCGAAACGUGUAAAUUUGUUGUUGCAACAUGUUUGAAACUGCUGUUUACAUACAGGUAUAGUUUAGAGCUGAAAUGAUCAUUAUUUUCACCGUUUGACUCAUUAGUUUGGCACUGGCAGGUAAAAGGAGCACUUUAUUCUACAGAUGUGCUCGUCUUUGUAUUCAGAAUGAGCAGUUUGAGAAUUAGGAGAAUUUUUUAAUUAAAUUCUGGAAAACACUUGUGAAGUGCAAUUGUAGAAAAGAAAUGAUUUUUAUCCUUAUAGUCUGACUUGUUCAGUUGUCCAUCUUUGACAUUCAUACACUUAAGAGUGUUUAAAGAAGUUAUUUUUUUUAAAACCACUUGCCUGAUGUAUCACGAGCCAGAAAAAACUAACUCAAAUGUGAUGGUGGAUUUUGCUUUUAUUGUUUUUAUUUGCAGCAGUUCAGACAGAUUGCAUAUAGAGGACUUGACUUGAAAAUCUAGAGUUUGUAAAUUUAUUAUUGCUAUAUUGUCACUGUCAACUGGAAAUUGACCUGUUGGUAUAUAUUGGCUGGCCGUAUAUGUCUCGCCAAAUGACUUUCGGUCAACUUCAGUGACAGUUGGAUGAGAAUACAGAAUACUUGCAAGUUACUGGAAAUUUUAAAAAAAUAUAUAUUGUGUACUUUCACACAAGUUGGGCUGCAAUUUAGCAUUGUUUUCUUUGCAGUGUGUAGGACAACUUAUCAGAUACUUUCUAUGCAGAGGUCGGCAGAGAACAAGCCUCUUCACAGAGAAAUGCCUUUAUUGUGUCCUCCUUAGUGGGUACACAAAUGAUCAUUGUCACAGCAAAGUAGUUGGCAGUCAUAUCAAUGCACAACAAUUUAGCUUCUUAACUGACAAAUGUAAUCCUCGGUCACGUCUUGACUGUUUUGGUGUCUUUUUUUUUUUUUUGUUACCUGUGUUGGAGUUGAAGCUUUGCUGAAUGAUGCUUAUAUAUUUUCUUGUAGCUAUGAUGUGCAGAUACUGGCUCUUUAGGGUUAACUCUCUGGGACAAGAUUAUUUUGAGUUUGUUGCAAUGUUAUUGAUAAAAUGUGCACUGAAGUGUGAUGUAACAUCAUAAGUCCAAAAUGGUAAAGGCUCAGUACUACUGUCGGAUUUUAUUGUCUUGUUUUAUACGUUUGUCUUCUAUUGUCCUUUUUAUUUACUUUAUGUUCGGGUUCCAAAUCUGCUCACCUUGACAAUUUUUACUAAAUUUGGAAGGGUAUUGUGCAAAAAUGUAAUUUCUUUUAAAAUUACUUGAAAUGCAUUAAUAAAACAGAAUUGACCAAA